AUGUUUCAUCCUCUUGACCCUCUCUCUCCAGCAGAGCUACGCAAAGCUUCGCAGGCAUUGCGAGCCUAUCAUGCUCCGACCCCCGUUCGGUUCAAGGUUAUAGACCUUCUCGAACCGCCUAAAGCAAGCCAGCUUGCGUACCUGCAGGACGAAACUGCUGGAGUGCAACCACCUCCUCGCAAGGCCUACACAUACUAUCACAAGCAUGGCAGUACAACGCUACGUAAAGCAAAAAUAAAUCUCCGCGAUGGAAUCGUGGAAGCGGAUGAGGAGUACCCAGAAAUACAAGGACCGGCUGAUAUUGACGAGAUUGAGCGCAUUAUUAAGGCAUGUGCCGAACAUCCAGCAGUGAAGGCUGAAGUCGAAAAGCUCAAACUUCCCAACGGUGCGGCAACGAUAGUCAAUGACCCUUGGCUCUAUGGAACAGACGAUGCAAACGAGCGUCGGCGCCUGUACCAAUGCUAUAUGUACAUUGCCCUGAAUGACGACCCCGAAGCGAACCACUACUCCGUCCCCACCACGUUUGCCCCCAUUUUUGAUGCCCACACACUUGAACUGCUGGAAAUUGAGAGACUCCCAGCGGGUGUCGGAGCCGAAUUAGAGUCCGACACUCUGCCAUGGGAGCCUGUCAAGGCAGUAGAAUAUAGCGCAAGGCUUCUGGGAAAUGACUACUUUAGAAAAGACAUGAAGCCCUUGCAUGUGGUUCAGCCUGAAGGUCCAUCAUUCGGCAUCCACGGGCGACAUGUUACCUGGCAGAAAUGGUCGUUCCACGUGGGCUGGAAUGUUCGCGAGGGUCCCAUCCUCAACAACAUCUUUUACGGUGGUCGGUCUCUAUUCCACCGUAUUUCAAUGAGCGAGAUGACUGUCCCGUAUGGUGACCCUCGCACCCCUUAUCACCGCAAGCAAGCGUUCGACCUAGGAGACUCUGGAUUCGGCAUGGCCUCUAACACAUUGACGCUGGGCUGUGAUUGCCUGGGCCUUAUUGCUUACUUCGAUGGUAUCCGGACCUCUGGGUCAGGAGAGCCAGUAGUCAUGAAAAACGUCACCUGCAUGCAUGAAGUGGAUGACGGAGUCGGAUGGAAGCACACGAACAUUCGUAACGGGCAGGCCUCCAUGGUUCGAAACCGCCAGCUGGUGAUUCAGUGCACAGCUACUGUACUGAACUAUGAAUAUAUUCUCGCCUACAUUCUCGAUCAGGCAGGUAACAUCCAUAUCGACGUCAAGGCAACCGGCAUUGUGUCGACCAUGCCUAUCCGCCAGAAAGCGCUUUCGCCGUGGGGAACAGUCGUUGCGCCGGGUGUCCUUGCUGUUAACCACCAGCAUCUCUUCUGCUUGCGUAUCGACCCAGCCCUAGACGGAGUGAAGAACACAAUUACCUACGAUGACAUCAAGCCGGUCGUGAACAACCCGCAGCUCGACCCCUUCGGCGUAGCGUUCCGUGUUCACACCACGCCCAUCAGUCAACCUGGCGGUUAUGAUCUCGACAUAAGCCAGUCCCGAACUUAUAAAAUCAUUAACCCAUCUCAGAUCAAUCCUGUUUCAGGCGAGCCUGUCGGCUACAAGCUACACGCGCUGCCCAGUCAAAUGCUCAUGAUGGGGCCGGAGACUUUCAACUACAAGCGCGGCCAUUUCUCCUCGAAACCCAUCUGGGUAACAUCCUACCGGGAUGAUGAAUUCUGGGCUGCUGGUGAGUUCACCAACCAAAGCCGAGAGGACACUGGCUUGGGUGUAUGGGCACGGCGUAAUGAGAAUGUCGAGAACGAAGAUGUCGUUCUCUGGCAUACUUUUGGCGUCACUCAUGUUACUCGACCUGAAGACUUUCCGGUUAUGCCAGUUGAGAAGAUGUCAGUGUCUUUGAAGCCGACUAGCUUCUUCGAAUUGAAUCCCUCGAACGACGUUCCUCGCUCGAACCAGAACAUGAAUCGAUCAACCUUAGUUGAGCAUUCGAGCACGGCGCCAGAUUGCGGAAAGUGCGGUUUGUAA